CCCCCCCUCUCCUCCCCCCCCCCUCGCCCGCACACACCAUGGUCGCCGUCUCGCGCAUGGACGAGUUCCGCGAGCGUGUCUCGUACAACAUGCAACAGCAGCCCGCAGGCUCGGCGCAAGACCCUCUGCUGGGUCGCAAGUCGCAGCACUCGCACUUUUUCCAUCUCUCGCGUGAGAUCGGCCAAGACAUCCGACGGACGACCCGGGAGCUGGAUGAGCUGGCCAAGGUGGCGCAGAAGAAGACCUUGUUUGACGACCCGACAGUCCAGAUUCAGGAGCGAACGGCGGCGAUCAAGCGGACGAUCAACGAGCUCAAUGCCAAGAUCAAGAACUUGCAGACGCUGCAGGCACAGCAGGCAGCAGGCGGCAGCGCGUCGAAGCAGGCUAACUCGCACUCGUCCAACGUGGUCUCGCUGCUCAAGACAAAGCUCGCGGUCACCGGCCAGUCCCUGCAAUCGGUCCUCAAGUCGCGCAACAAGAUCAUGCUCGCGCAGAAGGAGCGGCUCGAGGCCCUGCAUGCCCGGCCUGAGCCGCGCGCCCGCCCGGCCUCAUCGCUCUUUGGCGGUGCUGGCGCCGGCUCUGGCCGUCAGUCGCCCGCAGGCUUUGGCGCUGCGGACGACAGCGAGCCCCACGACGCAGUCGCCAUCGACAUGUCGGGCUCUGGCCAGAGCCAGGCCCUUGCCACCGUCAUGCGCUCCGGCUCGACUUACUACCAGGACCGCGCCGCUGCCGUCGAAAAUCUCGAGGGUGCCAUCGAGGACGUCGCAGAGAUGUUCUCGGAGUUUGCCGUCGUCCUCGAGCAGCAACGCGAGAUGGUUAUGCGUAUCGACGAGAACGUCGACGCGGCCCUUGGCGACGUCGAGAUCGGCCAAUCGGAGCUCGUCAAGUACUACAAGAGCAUAUCUUCGAACCGCGGACUCAUGUUCAAGAUCUUUCUUGUCCUUCUGGCCUUUGUCGUCUUCUUUGUCGUCUUUGUCGCCUAGCCCGCGUCGCCUGCCACGUCGCCUGCCGCGUCG